UCUACCUAUAUAUACACACAUACACACAGAUAUAUAAGCAAUAUAAACGCCGAACAGCUCAACGAGAUAAAGAGAGAGAGAAAGCGCGACAACGAACAACGAAGAAAAAUUGGCUUUGAUUUUCGCAUCAACUCUAUUUUACUUGAAUCUAUAGAAAUGUCUCCAGCGACAAAAUCAAAGUCCAAAUCUAAGGAGAAGCCCCUCACAAAGGCUACCAAAGAACUGCAGAAGGCUUCUCAGAAAUAUCCCGAAUCCAAUAAUGGUAGCACUCCUGCAAGUGCGUAUAAUCCACUGUCUGGAACAUUUCAUAGCCUGGAUUCUGCGUCAGGGACCUCUUCGCCACCCCUGCAGAGCAAUGGUCGUUUUCGUAAUAUAGAAGAAACAGAUGAUCACUCUGGUAACCUGCAUAGAACAGCUAUCGAGUAUGAUUCCCUUUCCAAUAACGAUAGCUGUUCCGGUGAAUCAGAGGACCAUAAAGAGAAGGCAACUACUACAGCUAUUCGGCCGGAUGUAGUUACUGUGUCUGACAAUGAGAAGCGAGAAAAGAUCCGUCAGAAGAAUGAGAGGAAACACCAACGUCAAAGGGAGAGGAGAGCACAAGAGUUGCAUGAGCGCUGCAGUGGGUAUCUCAUGUCAAGGAAAUUAGAGUCAUUAUCCCAGCAGAUUGUGGCAAUGGGAUUUACUUCUGAGCGAGCGACUAUGGCUCUAAUGCUGAAUGAAGGCAGACUUCAAGAAUCAGUUAAUUGGCUUUUUGAGGGAACUGAACAAGAGUCUCAAACGAAGGAUAUUGGUAGUGGUGCAAACUUGAAAAUUGAUAUUGCUGAAGAGCUUGCUCGGAUUUCUGAAAUGGAGGUUAGGCACAAAUGCUCGAAACAAGAGGUUGAAAGAGUAGUUGUUUCAUGUGAGGGUGACCUUGACAAGGCAGAAGAGACGUUGAAUUCUCAGAAGCCGGAACCUAUUACCCACCCAAAGCCUGAGGAGAGUGCCUCCCUGAAGCAUGCAAUGAUGCACCAAGAAAAGCCUACUUCUGCAGUCACUACACUACUAAAUAGGAAUGAGGGUGAGAUGGCAUACUCUAAGGGGGCAGUUGCAUUGCCAACACACCCUGCAACUGGGUCUAGAAACCAACUUUCUUCAAAAAUUAUCCCUUCAAAGCCCCAAACAGAGAAGAGGGUUUCAGGAAAUUACAAUUCAUCUCUGUCAUACUCAUCUACUGGACCUAUACAAGUAGCAUCUUCAUCAGCAAAGGUGAUGGCACAGCUUGGUGUUGGCUUGGAAGGGAGACCUUUUCAUCAGGGAGCAGCAAUUAAGGAGCCAAUAGUUAUGAUGCAACGUCCCCAAUCUAUAAAUAUAAAGCCGAGUAGUGUCAUUAACAGCAGUGCUUCUCCACCAGGGACAAAUCAGUGGUAUGGUAACAAUGUCAUGGGUGUUGAUAACAUGAUUCUUAAUGGUAAGAUGGUGCACAGUCAGAGUUCAGGAAAUUUCGGAACUGGUUCGCAACACUUCUAUCCCCAAUCACAGAGUAGAAAUCUGGGCCCGGAUAAUCCUAGUUCAAGGCAGUACAACACUCAAGCUCAAUAUAUGCAGCAACGUGCAUACAUGUCCAACUCGGUUGAUCCUGUGGCAGCAAGGCCGGUAGCCCCCUCUUGGAGUCCUGUGGGCACUUCAUCAUCUCCUUCACUCACUGUGCCAUCUUCUCUUGGUCUAUUUUCUGGUUUUGGAUCUGGUGCAACUUCAGGUUUACCUUCUCAUGUCGAUUGGAAUGCAAGGGACAUGAUGUCUCAUUGUGAUUACAAUAGUAUAGAUUGGACACUGAAAUCAAACCCCAUGUCGCCUCCAAAAUUAAAUGAUUUGAUGCUAGAGGACAGAUCAGGUGGCCUGAUGCGGGGGCUGUCGUCCAUGCACAGUACAAAUGGGGUUAGAGUUGCAGGAUUGCAGGAUGGCGGACCAACGGAAGCAACAACUUCUGGUGUUCCUCGAGAGUGGACCUCACCUUUUGCUGGGAAGGACAUCUUUAGCUUGCCCAGGCAAUUUGUUACUUCUCCCUCUCCUUAAGAUAAUUAGGGAGUAGGAUAAAUGAAAUUUAGGACUAAAAAGAAAUAGACAGCUUUGGUGAAUUUAGUGUUGGAAUGGAUAUGCUGGUGGUUGUUUCUUUCUUCCAUUAAACAAAGAGAGUUGUUUCUUCUUGCUUAAUGAACUAUAUGAUAAAAGCCUCUUUAAACGCC